AUGAUGGAUUUCGACACAACACGUGGGUUAAUUUUUCAUGGAUCUGUUGAGAAUUUACUUCAGGAUGUGUUUCCAAAGAUUGGCAAAUAUAACCCGAAAACUAGGUUCCUCAUCUUCUUAACAGGAGAAACAUCAGAUAAUAUAAUGCAUGAGAUUUUUUUAAAAGGAUGGAAUCAAUAUAGAAUUCAUGACAUCUUUAUAAUAAUUGAUGAAGAAUUUAAACAGUUUUUUCAGACCUUCAACUUGUAUUCGUACAAUUUAUUCACCAACAAAAAUACCAAAGCUCAACUAAUUAAAAUCGAAUUUCCAUUCAUGUUCGGCGACGGUUUAGAUCUGCUGGAAUCAUUUACAGAUACAAGAUUUAGUAAUUUAAAUGGAUACGCAUUAAAGGUUGUGCUAUUUCAGUUCUUAAUGGUCUGUAAAGGAGAAAUGGAUUCAUCUGGAUAUUUCUUAUUAGAAACCUUAAAAUUUCAAGAUGCUGAAGCACUUAAAAUACUUUCAAAGUACAUGAACUUUAUCAUACAAUUUGUUAAAUCAGCAGAUGGAAUAAAUCAUGGAUAUCAAACUAGUAAUAAAACAUUUACUGGAAGCUUGGGUAUGAUCGAAUAUGAGCAGGCUGAUUUUGCUGCAAAUGCUAGAAUUGUUGCUGAACAUGACACAUCUAACUCAUUAUGUCUUUUUCCAACAACAACUACAAAACUGAAAUUUGCUGUACCGAAAAAAUAUUGGGAUGAAGUUAAUAUUCUAGCAAGUAUUUACAACUUCCUUGAUAUCAAUUUAAAAGUUGCUAUAUUCACAAUUUUUAUCGUUACUCCAAUAUUAAUAUUAAUUUUUGAUAGAAUACAAGGAAUUAAAAAUUACAGCGUAUUUGAGUCAUUGGCAACAAAUUACCUAAUGUUUUAUGCUAUAAUGACAUUUGUAUCCGUCAAAUUACCUAAAAAUUGGACAUCAAGAUGGGUUAUUGGAGGUGUAAUAAUUAUUUGGCUUAUUAUUGGAAACAUUUACUCAAGUAAAAUGAUUGAAUUCUUAAAUACAAACUCAGGAUUAAAGCAAAUUGAAAGUAUUGACGAAUUAAUGGAGAGUGAUUUGUCUGUCAAAGUUCCAUAUCCAAUGGCAAUUUUAUUUGAAGGAAAUUUCAAAAAUACCUCAAUGGCUCAUCAAUUUAUUAAUCGAGUUGUAACAAAAUCCCGAGAAUUAGAAAGAAUUGGCAACAAGUGGGCAUUUAUUGACAUAGAGAAUAUGGGGGAUCUAAUCAGAUCCAAGAAAUUUGCAUUGCUUUUUUUAGACAAUUUAAUUGAGCAUGUAGAAAAAGUAUACUUUGACAAGAAUGGAAACAAUAUUCUUACACAUAUCGAAGAAACACCCUACGAAUAUUACUAUGCAACAUCCGUACCAAAGACAUCGCCUUUCGUCAAACGUUUUAAUGAAUUGUUGAUGAGAAUAUUUGAAACCGGCAUUUCAAAAUAUCAAAUGAAUAUGGCUUUGACUGAUAAUGAUUUGAUCUAUAUAAGACGUAUGAAAGAAGGAAAAGUGCCUAAUAAUGGUCUUAAAAGCUUAUCUCUACAGCAACUCUACUCUGUUUUUCAUGUUUACUUAAUAUCAAUUGGAUCAUGCUUAUGUUUUUUUAUUGCAGAAAUUGCGUUACACAAAUUUAAAAGCUUAAAAGUAAGUUUUUCGUGA